AUGGCGUCCACCUACCGUCCUCUGCCUCCCAUAACGCACCAGCGCGAUGUCUUUCCCCAGCCCAUCACGGCCUUGUCGUUUGACCCCCUUUCCGACACCUUGUGGGCUGGCUCGGAUUCCGGGAAUGUCGUCGCCUACUACACUUCCCAUGGUAUACGCGGGGUCGCGUUCCCUGUCGGUGGGGAUCUCGCGGUGAAAGACCUGAUUGCUACGGAAGCCAAUGUCCGAGCUGUUGGAAUCGCUAGUGACGGUAUGGGUGCUUGGAGUAAAGGAGGAGUGAACAAGUGGUACUACAGGUCUGCGGACCCUGUAACUACGUUCUCCAACAAUGCACCUUCAGCACCUGUAUUUGCGGCUUCUACAGCUACCCCAGAGUUGCUAAUAAUGAACUACCAAACGGGCGAUGUAAUGCGACGUUCCCCAGCACCGUCAAUGCUUACACACCUCUUAUGGUCGACGUCCUCAGGUGCCGUGAUCUCAGGUGCCUCUGACGGAACGCUGCGUCUUCAUGAUCCGAGGGAUUCCAUGCAGCGAGCGGAGAACAGUGUUCGGGCUCAUCUUAACGGGAUUCAGGACCUUGAGGCAUUUGACAACUUUGUGUUCACAAUCGGAUUGGGCACCAGACAAGGUCGACCACACCCUGAUCCUCUAGUAAAGGUCUACGACAUCCGCAUCCUCAAGCCACUUUCUCCUCUUCCAUUUGCGAGUGGACCCGCUUUCAUCAACAGGGUACCGAAGCGAAGUCACUGCAUCACUAUCACGUCCAGCCAGGGUCUUAUUAAUAUCGUCGAUGCCUCCAACCCCAACGUCAAUGAGUUCUAUCAGCUUGAUACUUCGUCAUACAUCACGUCCGCCGCCGUUUCCCCCACAGGCGCAUAUAUGGCAUUUGGAGAUGCUGAAGGUGCUGUUCAUCUAAUGACCGCGGCUAGCGAGGAGGAGCAUCUACCUUUCAAUGGUUUCCAAGGUAAGGACGUCGAAUGGGUAGAUACUCCGGAACCUCUCCCUCAGAUUGAAUGGACCGACUCGACACCGUUGAGCAGCAUCGGUGUUCCUUACUAUGACACCCAUCUUUUGUCCUCAUGGACCCAAGACUUUGUAUCGACUAGUGUACACUAUCCCCCACCAGCCAAGAUACCACAAAUUAUUCUGAAUACUAUGAAGAUCAACGACAAUGUAGCAUACGCUUCCCUUCCCAAAGAACUUAGAGGUCGGCGCAACGUCGUUCCCUCUGGGAUACGCAGAUCUGAGGGCCGCUUCAGGAGUGGAAAAUCCCGACGAACGCCAGAACCGGACACCCCGGAUUAUCAGUACAAUCCUGAUAUCAUUCCGAAGGUGUACCAGCAAGUCGAGAUUGAGUACUCGAAGUUCGGAGUCGAGGACUUCGACUUUGGCUUCUACAACCGAACAGAGUUCAGCGGGCUCGAGACCCACAUUCUCAACUCAUACACAAACCCCGUUGUACAACUUAUGCAUUAUAUCCUGCCGAUUCGCCAUCUCGCGAAAUCGCACAUAACCACGGAUUGCCUGCGCGAACAUUGUCUACUUUGUGAGCUUGGCUUUGUCAUGCGUAUGCUCGAAGAUGCAAGAGGGACAAAUUGUCAGGCGAGCAAUUUUUGCAAGACAGUAGGCGUGCUGGCUCAAAUGAACAAUGCUAUCGAACUCAUGGACUAUGGCCGAGAAUCUGCAGAGCUGAAUUAUUCACACAUGAUUCAGGCCUUCCAUCGUUUCCUCGUGGACCAUCUAAGUUCCGAAGGCAACUCGUUCCCUCACAAUCCUCAACUUGUUCCCCUUGCGUCGCCUCCGUCGGUGUUUUCUCCAGCACCGGCUCCGAUCACCCAGCUGCUCGGGGUCGAUGCUAAGAACAUCAUCACUUGCACUCAUUGCAAAGCUGUCCGGGAAAAAGAAAACAUGAAUCAUAUUGUGGACAUGGUGUAUCCACGAAAGCUUGCGUCCAAUGAUCCUGCGUUCGCGACAGACUUCGUCUCUAUUCUACGGGGAUCUCUUCUGCGAAAGACCACUCACAAGGCGACGUGCCAGAGUUGCAAACGAUUAACUAACUUCGAGUCGCGGCGGUCGAUCCGGACCAGGGAUCUGCCUGCAAUACUUGCGGUGAAUGCAGGUGUUUUCAAUGAAGAAUCCCACAAGUUCUGGCUGGACACUCGGCAUCAGACUUUCUUGAAGCCGACGAUAGAGUUGAGCGGUCAACUGGAUGGCAUGGAUGAUCCUGAAUCUGUCGUCUAUGAGUUGAGGGCCAUGGUGAUACAGGUUGUCCCCAAGGAUCAGCAUUCGCAUCUUGUUGCUAUCGCCAAAGUACCGGAGGCCGAGAACUCAAAAAAGAUGGAGUCACCGUGGUUCAUAUUCAACGACUUUGUUGUCCAUAAUAUCUCUGAGACAGAGGCACUGAGUUUCCCGGCUAACUGGAAGGUUCCGGCUAUCAUCUAUUUGGAGCGUGUAGAUUUGCGACAGCAACUCAAUUUCAGUGCACUCCCAAACACAAUCGACCAGUCAAUAUUGUGCCGCGAUACCAGUAUCUCGACGAAUCGUGACAUGAAGCUCAUUAAGCAUGAGUGCUUGAGAUAUGAUGAACUCCCCAAUCCCGGGACUCUCGUUGCUAUCGAUGCCGAGUUCGUGUCGAUGCAGCAGGAGGAAACAGAGUAUCGCUCGGACGGUACAAAGAAGGUACUCCGACCUGCCCGGCUGAGCUUGGCCCGUGUAUCGGUACUUCGCGGCGAUGGUCCGAAGGAAGGCGUGCCGUUCAUUGACGAUCAUAUACACACCAGCGAGGUCAUUGUGGACUACUUGACGGAGUUCUCUGGCAUUAAAUUUGGCGAUCUUGAUCCCCAUCUGUCCAGAUAUACGCUGACGCCACUCAAGGUGGUGUACAAGAAACUGCGCCUGCUAGUAGACCGUGGAUGUGUGUUUGUCGGACAUGGCCUAUCGAAAGACUUUCGUAUCAUCAACAUCUAUGUCCCUCCAGAGCAAGUCCUCGAUACGGUAGAUAUGUAUUUCUUGAAGAGUCGACAGCGACGUCUAUCUCUUCGAUUCUUGACAUGGUACGUCCUCAAGGAGAACAUCCAGACAGAGACACACGACUCGAUCGAGGAUGCGCUCUCAGCGUUGAAGCUUUACAAAGCAUUCCAGGACUUUGAGUCCCAAGGUGUCCUGGACGAAAAGCUGGACGAGCUUUACCGCGAGGGCCGGCAAUACAAUUUCAAGCCACCGUUACCCACCGCGGCGGCUAUCCCGGCCACACAUGCCAGCCCGCCUCCGCUUUUUGCUGUGCCCAACGUUGGUCUAUUGCAAAUGCCGUUUGGUUCCGGUCAGUUUGCAGCUGGUGGAUUUACCCCGCACAACUUCUCCCCAGCGCCAUCUCCCAACCCGUAUAUGCAGCAGAACUGGCGGUACAGACAACAAGGUCCAUUGCCGGGGCAAUGA